AUGGCCAUCAAUUCCGCCCCGGAGACCUCUCUCCUCUCGCUCCUCUACCGCUCCUACCCGGCCGCCGUGUCGCCCGAUGCCACCGAGCCCGACCUUCUGUCGGCCUCGCCCAAGAUUUUCCCCCAGACCACCUACUCCACCGGUGAGGACGCCGACGUGAAGCAAUGGCUGGCCACUGUGUCCGGUCUCCAGUCUGCCCUGAAGAAGGAUGACCAGCCGGCCGUCAGCAAGAUCCUUGACCAGCUCAACAGCCACCUCGCGACCCGGACGACCAUUCUGGGCGCAAAGCCCUCUGUGGCCGACAUCGCUGUGUACGCGCUCCUGGCGCCUCUGGUCGAGAAGUGGACACCUGAAGAACGCACCGGCGAACAGGGCCGUCAUCACAUCGUCCGCCACGUCGACUUUGUCCAGAACAGCCGGCUCUUUGCCCUGAAGAUCCCCGAAGAGGAGAAGGUGGUCAUUGACGUGAACGACGUGCGGUUCGUGCCAAAGCCCGUCGACCCCAAGGAGGAGAAGGAGCGCAAGAAGAAGGAGAAGGCUGCUGCUGCCGGCGCCGGCGAGAAGACCGUCGUCGUCGGCCAGGGCAAGCCCGAGAAGAACCCCGCCCCCGCGGCCAAGGAGGGCGAGGCCGCGGCCGGCGACAAGCCCCAGGGCAAGAAGAAGGAAAAGAAGGAGAAGCAACCCAAGCAGCCCAAGGCGGCACCCGCGCCUGCCGGUCCCCCGUCUCCAUCCAUUAUCGACCUCCGCGUCGGCCACAUCCUCCGCGCCAUCAACCACCCCAACGCUGACUCGCUGUACGUCUCGACGAUCGACUGCGGCGAUGCCCCCGGCACUGAAAACACCUCCGUGGACGAGGAGACCGGAAAGACCGUCCGCACCGUGUGCUCGGGUCUCAACGGACUCGUCCCCCUGGAGGAGAUGCAGGGUCGCAAGAUCGUGGCCGUGUGCAACCUGAAGCCCGUCACCAUGCGUGGCAUCAAGUCCUGUGCGAUGGUGCUGGCUGCUUCGCCCCGUGUGGCUGAAGGUGAGGACUCGCACGCUGGUCCGGUCGAGCUGGUGAACCCCCCUGCGGGCGCGGAGGCUGGCCAGCGGGUGUACUUUGACGGAUGGAGCGAGGGCGAGCCCGAGAAGGUGCUCAACCCGAAGAAGAAGAUCUGGGAGACUUUCCAGCCUGGUUUCACGACCACGGAGAACCUGGAGGUUGCGUUUGAAAGCGCGGCCGUGCCUGCGGUUCAGGGACAGGAAGGCAAGCCGGCUCUCGGUAAGCUGAUGACCAAGGGAGGCGUUUGCACCGUCAAGAGCCUGACGAACGCUACUGUGCGGUAA